UAUCAAUUACUUGCAAUAAACUGGAAUUAAAUUACCAUCAAAUAGGUAACUUAAAAAGUAAUUUCGGUACAGUAACUAUUAUAACUUACUUGAGUUACUCCCCAACUCUACCCCCACCGAUAACGAUAUAAUACUACUCAGUACUCAGUACUCAACUGGUGGUAAGUAUAAUAAAAAAAGCUAUAGAUGCUCCAACUGGUAAGUACCUAUUUUUUUAUAAUACAAUUUUACUUUUACAUUUUACUUUUGCCCCUCUCCCCGCCCAAAUUAAGCACUGGAUCCGACACUGAGUGCCGUGAUGAUAAGUGGGACUGUGGGAGUCUAGAACAAAGAUGCAUUGGUAUGUAAAAAAGCAACACGGAUAGUUAAUUCACUUAUAGCCGGGAUCUGAGUCUGAACUAAAUAGUAAAUGGCUAAAUAGUAAGUACCAUGGAGUCCGUGGAUACCAAAUACUGUAGUAAUGUAGGUACUAGGCGGAAGCAUAGAACAAGGAAGCUUAUAUUUUAUAAUUUAAAUAGGUGACAAUGUGGCAGGUUUUAUUACAAGUUUACAAGUUUACUACUCGAUGUGACAUAUAAUCAUUAUGAUCUCAAUACUAUAUAAUUAAUUCUUUAUCAGUAAACAGUAAUUGAUAAGAAAGAAGUCAGGCGUCAGCUCUUGUGUACUCACUAGUCACUACCUAUAUAGUAAUCAGUAUAGACAUUCGACAUUCGAGUCAUUUGAAUUCGACAGUAUCUCACAAAUACUGAAAGCAAAUUCUUAAUGCAACUGCAUGUUAAACCUUAAAUCUUUCAAGUUUCUUAUUCUCAAUAGAAAAACAAAGAUUUGUAUAGUUUUUCACUUACAUAAUUUAAUAAAUAUUUUAGAAUGCAAAAAUUAAAUUAAACCUAAACAUCUUAUAUAUAGUAAUGACUAUCUACAACAUCUAUAUUUUUGAUCGGAUGGGAACAAUAUUAUAUCAGACAAACUGGAAUCGUCUAAAACAAUCGGGCAUGAGUAGUGAAGAAGAAGCCAAAUUGAUGUAUGGUAUGUUGUUUUCUAUCAAGUCAUUUGUUUCCAAAAUAUCACCACUUGACCCUAAACGUGGUUUUUUAUGUUACAAGACUAGUAAAUAUGCAUUACAUUAUUAUGAGUCGUUAACUGGUGUUAAAUUUAUUUUAAAUACCGAUACAACAAUAAAAAAUGUCAGAGAUUUGUUACACCAAUUAUACAAAGAAAUUUAUGUGGAAUAUGUUGUAAAAAACACUGAAUGUGAAAUGGGACAACCAAUUGAGAGUGAAUUAUUCAAAUUAAAACUUGAUCAAUUUAUAAAACAGCAUAUGAAAAGUAUACAAUAAAUAAUAAUAUAAUAUUUAUGAAAA